CAGCGAGCAGGCCAGCACGGUACCUACCUACUUCCUGUUUUCUGGGAGAGGGAGAGAGAGAGUAGAGGAUCAAAAGGGCGAUGGCGUCGGCACUGGCGAGGAGGGCGAGGGGCUCCCCGGCGGCGGCGGCGCUGUGGGCCGCGGCGAGGGGCUUCGCAUCGGUGGGCUCCGACAUCGUCUCGGCGGCGCCCGGCGUGUCGCUGCAGAAGGCGCGGUCCUGGGACGAGGGCGUCGCCACCAAGUUCUCCACCACCCCUCUCAAGGACAUCUUCCAUGGGAAGAAAGUGGUCAUCUUCGGAUUGCCGGGUGCAUAUACAGGAGUAUGUUCGCAGUCUCAUGUUCCUAGUUACAAGAACAACAUUGAUAAGUUGAAAGCAAAAGGGAUCGACUCAGUUAUAUGUGUAGCUGUAAAUGAUCCAUAUGUGCUGAAUGGAUGGGCAGAAAAGCUACAGGCAAAAGAUGCAAUUGAAUUUUAUGGUGACCUUGACGGGAGUUUCCACAAAAGCUUGGAUUUGGAAAUAGAUCUCUCUGCUGCUUUGCUUGGCCGUCGCUCCCACAGGUGGUCAGCCUUCGUUGACGACGGGAAGAUCAAGGCUUUUAACGUCGAGAAAGCCCCUUCGGAUUUCAAGGUUUCUGGUGCGGAGGUGAUCUUGGAACAAAUUUGAGCUACCCAAUGAAGUUCUGUUCUCUCUAGUUUGCUCAUGCAGCAGCCCACAGCACGAAUAAAUGAUAACUCGGAUCUCGAGCACGCGUGUAAAGAUUUUGUUAAAUGUUGUGCGGCUUCCUGAAGGAUCAUUUUUCUGUUACAGAACUUCCAGAGUGAUGAUUUUCUGAUACACAUGAAUGAAUGGAUCGCCUCCUACGUGACAACUAUUUUUCCCGUUUGUUGACUACGACAUCUUAUUUUUUU